UGAUGGAGUGUCGUGUGUGAUGUGCGUGUGCUGAAAAUGGCCGCGUAUAUCGAGGUCUUCCGAGUUUACUGAUCUACGGUUGAUAGCUUCAUACGCUUAACUUUACCUAUUUGUACGAUAGUGAAUUUCUAUCAAAGCGUGUUGGUGCGUGCUAAAUUCGAAAAAACGAUUGUCGUGCCUUUCUAUCUUAAAGUUUAAUCAAUAUUUGCGUUCUUUACAAAAAGAAAGAGAGAUAGAAAGAUAUCAUUCGUAUACAUGGAACUUGUUUCCUUGGAUCUUCAAGUCGUGAAAGAAGGAAGGUGAGAGACGGAGGACGUGCUGCAUAUUUUCAUCCCACGAACGUGUUCUCCUUAUGUUACCUUCGAUGGUCGAUAAUAUCAAACCUACUACGUUUUAAUAAUGGGUUACAUUUUCAAUAUGGAUAUUUACUUUAGUUUAUAUCAAGGUACUCAUUAAUUAAUGAGCAAACUUAUUGUUUAUCAAGAUGCGGGAGAGGUCUACUAUGAUCCCCUGGUAUCCAGCGGGGAUCUAAAUUAAACUAAGUAACAACAAAAUAGUUUGAUUGUUAUAUAAAUCAAGAUGAAAAUGGAAGUAAAAUCAUAAUAUUCAGUCUUCGAAGAAAUGAAAUCUUUAUGUACUGAAUGAGAAUUUUACUUUCAUGAAAUAUUUUUAUUUGGAUUUUUGUGGUCAUAUUAUAUACAUAAUUUAUGUACCUAAAUAUUUGAACUGUCUAUAGACAUAAUGUAAUUAUAGUGCAAGUUAAGUUUAUAUACACAAGUGCGUUGAUAAAAAGAAAUCACUAUGUCGUUUUUAUCAAAUUUAAAGAAAGCAUUCCACUUCGGUGGCAAUGACGCAAAAAAGAAAAAGUUAUAUAAUAAUAUUAAAAUGGAUUGUAAUCCAGAAGAAUUCUGGGAAAUGGUCGGCGAACUUGGAGAUGGUGCAUUUGGAAAAGUUUACAAGGCACAACAUAAACAAACUCAUCAGUUGGCUGCUGCAAAAAUGUGUGCGUUGGAAGGGGAAGACGAUCUUAGUGAUUUUAUGAUUGAAAUCGAUAUCUUGUCUGAAUGUAAACAUCCAAAUGUUGUUGAAUUACAUGAAGCAUAUUUUAUAGAAGGCAAAUUAUGGAUGUUGAUUGAAUACUGUGAUGGUGGUGCUGUAGAUUCUAUUAUGGUAGAGUUGGAGAAAGCAUUGACAGAAGGCCAAAUAUCAUAUGUGUGUCAGCAUAUGGUAAAGGGUCUAGCAUUCUUACAUAAAUCCAAAGUUAUCCAUAGGGAUUUAAAGGCGGGGAAUGUUUUAUUAACAAUGGCGGGAGGUGUCAAACUUGCCGAUUUUGGGGUAUCUGCAAAAAAUAAGCACACGUUACAGAAACAUGAUACAUUCAUUGGUACACCCUAUUGGAUGGCACCAGAAGUUGUACUAUGCGAAACAUUUAGAGAUAAUCCUUAUGAUUUCAAAGUGGACAUUUGGUCCCUUGGCAUAACUCUUAUAGAGUUUGCGCAAAUGGAGCCACCAAAUCAUGAAAUGUCUCCAAUGCGUGUCUUAUUAAAGAUUCAAAAAAGCGAUCCACCAAAGCUUGAUCAACCUGGAAAAUGGAGCAAAGAGUUUAAUGAUUUUAUUGCAAAAGCACUUAUAAAGGAUCCAUCAUCACGACCCACUGCUGAAGAAUUGUUAAGACAUCCAUUUAUAAGUAGAAAUUUGGAUUCUAAACCAAUAAGGGAUUUAUUACUUGAAUAUAAAGCUGAUGUUGUUGAAGAAGAACUUGUCGAUGAAGAAGCUGAGAAGGCCAAAAAAGCAAAAAAACACAGAGAACAGUAUCAGCGUAUUGGCUGUGCAUGCGGCUCUCCUGGGCCUCGCCAGCCCUCUCAUCCCUGUACUUGUCAGGAGCAGCGCACAUCUCAGCUUCCUUUGGAAUUGGAACAACUCGGAGAUGACUCUGCAUCUAUGCGCAGUGAUGGCGAUAUUAAAGUUGCUGAGAAAGAAAAUCUUACUCCAAUACCUAUAUCCACGAAAAAAGAGGAUAGUCACAAACGGGAGAUGAAUAGAGAUGGUGAGAAAGAAGAUAGAAGUAAGAAAUUGCGUAAAACUGAAUCGAAGGAAAAUAUGCACGCAUUGAACGAGAAAAAACAGGCACCCAAACCUCCAGCUACAGUUGAAAAUAACGAACGUAGGAUAUCUAGAGAUAAAGGUCCUGCUCCUCCACCUCCGUCGGUUCGUCAAGACAACAAAAAUGAUGAAAAAGAGAAUUGUGCCGAUCUGGCAAACAAAUCUAGUGCCAUGGAAUCGUUAGGUCAAAGUAAAGUAAAGGAUGAUAAACAAGAUCGUAAUUUAUUAUCAUCGCAAUCAGUGGGAGUAGAAAUGGAACAGCAGAAACCAAAUACUAAAGAUCAGAUAAAGAUAGGAGCGUCUAAUAAAAAACAAGAUGAAUUAGAUAACAUAGAUAAAAUUAAUUCAACAGAAACGAUUGAUAAAACGUUGUUUGCUUUGAGUAAAUCUAAAAGUAUUGAGGAGAAACCAAAAUUAAUGGAUAAUGUAAAUAUACUAACCAAAAAAUCGAGUUUAGAUGAAAAUCGAAAGUCGGCUCCUAUCAAGCCAACUUCGUCGGAGGAAUGGAUAAAGCCAGUGUAUAAUAAGCAAUCAUCUCUUGAAGAGAAGAGCAGGUUCCAAUUAGACACUUCGAUAGAAGAACAACGUAAAUAUGAGAAACAUUUAAUAGAAGAUAACAUGAAAAAUUUGGAACAAAAAAGAAAGUCUGUAGAAGAUAAACUAAAUGCAGUUUUAGAAAAACGUAUUUCUAUGGAUACACAGAAAAGGAUAAGCACUACAUCGAUUGAAACAUUGAAGCAUACAUCUGAUAUAGCAAAUGUUACGUUAUCAGAAAAGAAUAGCAUGAAAGCAAGCUCUACAGAAAAUAUUAAGACGGAUUAUGGCCUGAAUAAAAUUGAAAAUGUUUUGACUAGUCAUAGCGAAGGUUCUUCCAGAAAUGAUUCUUUAGAAAACUUUACUGAUGAAUUCCAAGAUAAACAUGAGAGAACAAAAUGGUUAAAUAAGGAACACAGAUUAAAAGAAGAUAAUAGAGAAGAUAAAAAUUAUGAGCGCCAGAGUUCUGCUGUUAAUGUAUCUGUAAUAACAUCGACACCAAUUAGAAGUAGAAGUACGUCUCGAAGGAGUAGUGCGGAUAACAUAGUUGUUAUUACUGGUAAAUCUCAAGGCGAACAAGAAGUACGUUCCAAUAGAUCAACAGUUCGCAUUACAGCUGAUUCUCCGGAUCCAUCUAAUAGUCUUGCAAGUAAUGUAAGUCAAGUUACCGUUGUCACUACACAUCCUCCAGUGUUAGUGGAUGCAACAGCUACAACUCCUUUACUAAGACGUUCUUCCCCUACAUCUGAAGUAGUUAUUGUUGCAAACGAAACCAAUAAAACCCAAGUUAACGAAAAUUCGACCGACGAGGAUGGUUUCCCUAGUCUAGAUAGUUUGGAAUAUACUCCACAGGAACAACCCAUUAUUCUUAUGGAUACCUCCAAACGUGUUGGUAAAAAGUUAGACGAGUCUGAAGUUAUUAUCGUCAGUCCUAUUGUUGAUGAAUUACAAGAUACUAGUCAUGUCUCUGUUGUUACUGUCGGUGACGAUGGAGAACGAGUAAAAGAUUCUUCUAUAAGUAAUAAACAUAACGUCGUUAGAACUGGUUCUUCACACAGCAAUUUGAGUUUGAUCGAACAGGCAAGUUCGAAAAGCGAUAGUGGUGAUGAAAUAAGUAAAACGUCGAUGACAGUUACAGGAACAACUACUGAUAGAACGGAUCUUAACGACGUUGAAAGAAAUUCGAAGAAGAUGAAUGGUUUAAUUAAAAAUGAAAGGCCAGCUGUUGGACAUCGUAUCGAAGACAGAGUUGUAACAUCGGCAAAACAAAAAGAUGAUUACGUAAGAAGUUCGAAAGAUAAACGUGUAUCACCGGAUAGUUUUGAAGGGUCAAGAUCGCAGAGUGAUUCAGGAUCAACGAGAUCGCAUACACCAAGUAAAAGCCUUGAUCGUUCUGAUGCCGAAUCAAUUUCCACGACAAUAAGCCAAGAUAGUCGAGGUUCGAAUAAAGAAAAUCAUUUAUCUCACGUUCAAACUACGGAAGGUGAAGAGGAAGUUGUUCUGCGUCGAAAAUCUGAUUAUAGUCGGGAUGUAUCUCGAACACCUAGAACGAAGGAAGAUAUACAAAUGAUGAAUUUGAAGAAGAAAACGAGAAAACGAACAAGGAAAUUUGAAAUCGAUGGUGUUGUUGUUACAACGACUACAUCCAAAGUUAUAUAUGGCGAUGAUGAAAAUGGUAAAGUCUAUGACGAUCAAAUAUUCCGGAAACAAGAAUUACGCGAAUUAAAAAUGUUACAAAAGAGUGAACAAAAACAGUUUCAAGAUCUAUCACAGAAAUCACAAUUCAACAAAGAUCAACAAGAGAAACGGUUUGAACAAGAAAGACAAUUGCUGGAACGUGGUGCUGAAGGAGAUUUAGAAACGCUCGCUAGACAACAAAGGCAACAAAUUGAGCGUGCAGAAGCUCAACAAGAAGCUGAUCUUAGACUGGCAUCAAAAAAGAUUCGUAGCGAACAAGAGAGAGAAUUGAAACAAUUCCGUGAAGGUUUAAAACAAGAAUUACGAUUACUCAAACAAGAGGUUGACUUAAUGCCUAAGGAAAAAAGAAAGGGAGCUUUUAAAGUACGAAAAGAAAAACUUGAGGCUGAACACGAGGAAAGAGAAAAACUUUUCUUAGAAAAACUUAAUGAAAGUCAUGAGAUGUCAUUGCGAAGAUUAUCGGAUAGUCAUCGAGAAAAAAUAGCUUUAAUGGAAAGACAGUUUCUACAACAGAAACAGCAAAUGAUGAGAGCUCGAGAAGCAGCUAUUUGGGAGCUGGAAGAAAGACAGAUACAUGAAAGACAACAAUUGCUAAAGAGACAACUUAAGGAUAUAUUCUUCUUGCAGCGACAUCAGAUGCUUAUUAGACAUGAAAAGGAAUUAGAACAAAUGAAAAGAAUGAAUCAGAGGAAGGAAGAUGAAUUAAUAAAGCGUCAAACGGUAGAGCGUAGGAACCUGCCUAAAAGGAUUCGAAAUGAGAUGAAAGCACGCGAGAUGAUGUUUAGGGAGUCCAUGAGAAUUUCAAUGUCUUCUGCAAUUGCUUCGGAUCCUGAAGCUGAAAGAGAGAAAUUGAAGAAGUUCCAAGAGAAUGAGAAAAAAAGGUAUAGAGCGGAACAACAAAGAUUUGAAUUGAAACAUUCACGUCAACUCGAAGAAGUUAGAGCUCAAAGUGAUGCUACCAUCAAGGAAUUAGAACAACUACAGAAUGAAAAGAGAAAAAUGCUGAUGGAGCAUGAGACAUUGAAGUUAAAAGAACAAGAAGAAACAUAUAGCAAAGAACUUCGCGAGUGGAAGGCACAAUUGAAACCACGAAAACAGAGACUUGAAGAACAAUUUGCUCUUCAAUUAGAAGAACAAGAGGCAAUUUAUGGACCUAGUGCGAUUCCAUUAUGUUUACCAGCAGACCUUCCUGAUCUUACGCAUCAUACUGCUGGUUCUACACGCAGUUCAUUAUCUUCCGUAAGUGAAGGUUGAUUCUGAAAACAAAAAAGUAUCCAAUAGACUCAGUGUUUGCUAAUGUUACUGAGACACAAUGAUUAUGCAUACUAUUUUUUGUAAUCAAGUCUAAGAGAGUGGUUUGAUAAGAAUAAGUUUUAUUUUUCACUGACAUUCUAUUUUGUAAUAAGGAAUGAGAGUGGAAAUAUUUGUACGAACGUAUCAUUGUUAUUCAAAUAGCGGAUUGCACAUGCAGUAUUUGAAUUAUAUAUAUAUUACAGAAUACUAAUAAUUAUUGUUGAGUAAAGACUGCUGUCAACAAUAAAUAAUGUUAAUUGAAGUAAUUGUCGAAUAAGCCGUUUUUCAUAAGAGCUUGAAUAAACUUUUAGCCUUUGCAAAAAGGAACUUUCCAUUGAGAAAUAUACAAAUUUUCAUAAUGUAGAUUUAACAUGAUUUUUAUAUAUGUAUAUACUAGAUAUGUCGCCUAAUUUAAUUAUCUUAAAUUACUAAUUAAUAGUUUGAUAUGCAAGCGAAUUCUCGAACAAAAAUUUAUAUCUAAUGUGUUUCUUGAAUUUAUUCAAAUUUUAAAUUGAACAGUUUUCAAAUAAUUUAAGAUUAUCAAAUUAGGUGACUUACUCUCAGUAUAUAUGUCAUAUAUGUAUAUAAGA